GAUAAAUUUGGGGGGGUUUUUGAUAUAUAACCAAGAGCCCUAAUUUCUUAUGCUGUCUAAUAAAAACUGUUUAUUAUAAAAAUGGGAUUUUGAAAUUAAAUUUGAAGUCUUCGAGAAGAAGAUGAGUUGCUCUUAUCUAUUUUCUGGCGACGCUUCCGUCGUCUCACGGCAGUGGAGUAAUGUUUCUUUCCGGCAGCGAGUUUUUCUCCCGCGGCAAUUUCUCCGGCAACCGCUUCCGUCGCUUUCCCAAUUUCCCGGAUUAAUCGCCGCCGUAAACGAUAGCUUCAGUAAACAAUCUCUCGGGACGAGAAACUGCUUUCCUUCGCUAUUCAUUGGAGAUACCGGCGGAUUUAACGGCAACAAUGAUAAUGGAAAUGGCGGUGGCGGAGACGGUGACUGGUGGGAUAACAGCGACGGGGGAGGCGAAGAUAACUCCGAUGGCUCUUCUUCCCCUUUGAGAUUUCUCUGCUUUCUGUUUUUGGUCUAUUCCUGCUUCUUCCAAUUACGAUUAUCAGCCGCCAUCGCUAUAGCCAAAGCUCCAGAGUCCGAUAGUAACGGCGAUACCGAGAAAGAGACGGUUUGGGAAGUAAGAGGAAGCAAAAGGAAGCGACUUGUCCCCGAUUUCGUCAGAGAUGAGUUCUUCGUCUCUCCGGAAGAAACUACUUCAUCUCCUUUGACUCCUGAGAAUCUCCUUGCCCAAUGUAGAAACCUCCUGACUCAGUUCCUCCUCCCCGAAGGUUUCCCGAACAGUGUCACCUCCGAUUACCUCGACUACUCUCUCUGGAGAGGCGUUCAAGGAAUCGCCAGCCAAAUCAGCGGCGUUCUCGCUACUCAGUCUUUGCUUUAUGCGGUUGGGUUGGGAAAAGGAGCAAUCCCUACAGCUGCAGCAAUCAAUUGGGUGCUUAAAGAUGGAAUUGGGUAUCUAAGCAAGAUAAUGCUAUCGAAAUAUGGUCGACAUUUCGAUGUUCAUCCCAAAGGAUGGAGGCUAUUUGCUGAUCUUCUUGAAAACUCUGCCUUUGGGAUGGAGAUGCUAACCCCUCUCUUCCCUCAGUUUUUCGUCUUGAUCGGUGCUGCUGCUGGUGCUGGUCGAUCCGCGGCUGCGUUGAUACAGGCUGCUACUAGAAGUUGCUUUAAUGCUGGCUUUGCUUCUCAAAGAAACUUUGCUGAGGUAAUUGCUAAAGGUGAAGCUCAAGGAAUGGUGAGUAAAUCAAUAGGUAUCCUGCUCGGGAUAGUUGUUGCCAAUUGCAUAGGGACCUCAACAAGUCUUGCCCUUGCUUCUUUUGGAGUUGUGACGUCGAUUCAUAUGUAUACCAAUCUCAAAUCUUACCAAUGCAUCCAACUCCGGACUCUAAACCCAUAUCGCGCAAGUUUGGUUUUUAGUGAGUACCUCAUUAGUGGCCAAGCUCCUCCAAUCAAGGAGGUUAAUGAUGAGGAACCGCUCUUCCCAACUGUUCGGAGUUUAAACAUAAAAUCUGCAGAAAAGAGGCAAGAUUUUGUCUUAUCAUCAGAAGCCAAAGCAGCAGCUGCAGACAUAGAGGAACGGCUUCAAUUAGGUUCAAAGCUCAGCGAUGUUGUCCACAACAAGGAAGAAGCAGUAGCACUGUUUGAUCUGUAUCGUGAUGAAGGCUACAUCCUUACAGAACACAGAGGAAGAUUCUGCGUGAUGCUCAAGGAAAGCUCUUCUCCACAAGACAUGCUCAGAUCGUUGUUUCAAGUGAACUAUCUCUACUGGCUAGAGAAGAAUGCUGGGAUCGAAGCUUCAAACACGUACUUAGACUGCAAACCGGGUGGUCGCCUUCACAUUUCUUUAGAUUAUGUGAGAAGAGAGUUUGAACUCGCUAAAGAAGACAGCGAAUUAGUGGGUUGGGUCACUGAAGGACUAAUAGCUAGACCUUUAUCGACCAGAAUCCGUCUAGAUUAUGAUCGUGAACCCUCAUCUUCUCCUUCCAGCUCAUAAACUCAGAGCAAAACCAGGGCCAAUGAUGCAUUAGAAUAGAUACAUUUUGUCUUUGUUCAUCUGCCAUUGAAAGUAAGCUUUUUUAGAGAUUUACAUCUCUCAAGUCAGAAGCAUUUUGUCUUUGUUCAUCUGCCAUUAAAGUGCUGUAAGCUUUUGUAGAGAUUUACAUGUCUCUCUAGUCAGAACAUUCCUUAGCUCAAUUAUAAUUCGACCUCAUAUGAGAAAACCAAAUACUUAAUAUUAUGA